AUGUCAGACGAAAACGUACUGCCUAUAGGACCUGGAGGCACCUUUCUACACGACCUCAACAUAACCCGUGAACUGGUCAUCCUUGGCUCUGCCAAUAUUGGCCUAUCACAGCAUUGUGCGUCUGUGAUUCGGGUCAAGAAGAGGGACAGGCCCUGGUUAGCUUUGAUCUUGGUAGACCCCCCGAUAAGCAGUGUGUACACGAGCAACGAUGCCGAAAGAAGGAGGUUUCGUUUAGACCUACGAAAUUAUCUGGGAACGCAUGAUAAUUCUGUAGAGCCGCGUCCAUUUUCUGAGUGGCAGGACGAAGACGCCGAGACUUCUUCUGUUGCUCAGCGAGGGAUGUUUGAUGAUCUCCAACAAUACUGGAAUCGCGAACGUCCACCAUCUUUCAAUUCAUCGGACCCGUCCAUCCAAUCGCUAUCGUAUCACAUGUUACGUGUUGUUGCAGCGGAAUGGGUCCGCUACAUUGCGGCGAUGCAAAAAUGCCUGAAACAGUACGAACACAGCCACGAUCAACUGCCCGCUACAUCACUUGGUAUAUACGAUCGAGACCUCCAUGAGCUAAUGGGAUGGAGACGUCGGACUUUGUCCUCGCAAUCUAAGAUCAAAUCGGUCUUGCGCUUCCUUGCAGCAGACCAAAAGACCGGGGAGCAGCAAAACUACGAUCUGAAAUACCUUAGCGAAGACUUCGAGCACAUCCAGGAGAGGAUAAGCGCAAUCGGUCAACACCUCGAAAGCACGAUCCCUGUUAUCAUGAGCUUCGUGCAGAUCGUGGAUGCGCGCCGUGCCUUCGCCGAGACAACCAACAUGAGUCGUCUGACGGUUCUCGCACUGGUUUUUGUCCCCUUGACAUUCGUUUCCAGUCUCUUCAGUAUGAACACCGAGAACCUACCUGGAAGCAGAGGUUUCUGGGUUUACUUUGCAGUGGCCAUUCCAUUGACAGGAUUGGUUGUACUUGUCGCGAGACCGCCACCCGUGGUAGCUGCUCUCGUAAUGAGAGUAUCCCAGUGGAUCCGGAAGUUGGAAAGAGGUGUAGAGUACGACGCAUAG